UUCUGGUUUCUCACAAGGAAUGCUUCUCCUAUAUCAAUAAACCAUGGGUGCUAGUGCCCAUGAGUUUCAUCCUUUAUAUGAUACGGAUCGAUCGAUAGUCAAAAAGGUUUGCUGAUCAAAAGCAUAGAUAUCGGUAGGUGCUCGUGUGCUUGCCUCUCAAGAUUGGUCCAGCCAAACACAGAAUAAAAGAGAGAAAUUCUGGAGAGCACCACGAUCACAUGGUAAAGACCUUUAGACUUUCGGGCCAGAGAGUGCAGGAGAGUCUACUUUGCACUUGGAGCGUGUGCAAUCGACAGCGGCUGAUCGACAGCAUCACGAGCAUGGGGAGGCCGUCUUCCACGGAGAAGCUGGUGUGCGUGGCCCUGGCGGCGCUGGCCGUGCUGUCGCCGCUGUACAUGGACCGGGAGUUGGAGGCGGAGGAGGAGGAGGAGGAGGAGGGAUGGGGCCUGUUGUUGCCGUCGGCGCUGUGGCUGCCGGCGCUGCUGGUGGUGCUCAUCCUGGCCAUCAACGUGGCGUGCUUCGUCGACCGGAGGGUCGUCAGGUUCGACCCCUACUGGAUCCACCGCGUCGGGGGCUCCUCCUGCGGCCUCAUGGCCACGCUGCUGCUGCUCGGCUUCGUCCUCAAGUGCAAGGCCUCCUUCUAGGCGAGCCACACGGCCUGCUGUGGCUGUGGGUGGUCUCCGUCUCCAUUUUCUUUCAUCUCAGAUGAUGAAUCGAUCUCAUAGCAGCUCCUGUCUGAUUGGCCAGUUCUCUUCUGCUCCUUUUAUCUUACUGAAUCAUGUUCUUGAGCGCACCGCUAUGCAGUGUAUAGUGUUUCUGGUGCUUGCAAAAGGAAUUCAGUAAUGUGCAUGGUUACAAAGAGGUUUGAGCUCUUUC